AUGAAAUUUCUCUUGUUAAAAUUUAAUUAAAACUCUCUUUAAAAAAUAUCUGUUUUUGAUAAUAAUCAAUAAUAUUAUUUAAUUAAAUAGAUCUUUUACAAAUAGAUUGUUUUUAAGCAGCGGAGAAAAAAAAUGUUAAUCUUUGCUUAUUUAGAUACAAUUUUCGAAAAGAUUUCUGCUGAGGUAGGUAUCGCAGAUGAUUUGAUCAAAGUUGUUUUUACAUGGUUAGCAUGUAUUCCCUUAGGAUUCAUCCAUGGUUUUUUAAAAGAUCACUUUUUAAGAAAUAUGUACUCCUUGUUAACAGGACUCUUCUUAUCCUACAUGUGUAUAAAAGAAAAUAUGUAUGUAACUUUAGCUACUUCCAUAUGCACUUAUAUCCUUACUAGCAUGCUUUAAAAGAAGUCACCUAUUCCAGUCUUCAUAAUGACCUUUACUGUUCUAGUUUCACUCCAUAUUCACCGUUUUAUAUAUGACCCUAUGGGAUGGAAAAUGGAUGGCACUACCUCUCUCAUGUUAAUUAUUUGCAAGAAUAUUUAUUUUUCUACCUACGUAGCUGAUGGUCGUAUCUCAAAAAUCCCCAAUUUAUUAGAAUAUUUAGGAUACGUUUACUUUUACCCCUCUGCUAUUAUUGGUCCAGCUUUCAAUUUCAAUAUCUACAGCGACUUUAUUCAAUUAAGAGAUCACUAUGCAAAUAUUCCUCUUAAGGAAAAAACAAUUGCUGUUUUAAAGCAUUUAGGAUUAGCUAUUGCAAAUAUUAUUGGUAUGCAAAAAAUUUAUCCACAUUUCUCUAUUGAAAUUGUUGAUUAAGACUGGUUUAUCAAUGGAAAUUUCUUUAUUUAGGUUUUAAGCAUUAAUCUCCUUGGUGUAGUUUUACGUUUUAAGUAUUUCACAGCAUGGAAAUUAGCAUAAGCAGGUAUGAACGCUUCUGGUAUCACUUAUAGUGGUAAAGAUUUCAAUAAAAUUUAAUGUAUGGGUGACAGAUUCGAAAUUGAACCUAACCCUCGUUUGAAAACAGAAAUGUGGAAUACUUCUGUUUAGGUUUGGUUGAAAGAUUGUGUUUAUGAUAAAGUACUCCCUAAGUUUGGUCAAAACAAAAGUUUAUUAAUUACUUUCGUAAUUAGUGCUCUUUGGCACGGAGUUCAUCCCAUUUAUUACUUUACAUUUUUACACUGGGCUAUUAUGAAUGAUGUUUCUAAAUUCUUCUACCGUGCUAGAUCUAAAUUCUCCUGGCUUAAGGGACCUUUAAGAUAUGUUGUUUUCUGGUUCUUAGGAAAUACAGCUGUCUGUUACAUGGGUAUUGGUGUUGUUUUGCUAGAUUGGACUAAAGCCUUAAAUUUCUAUAAGUCCAUGUACUUUAUUCCAACUUUUAUUCAAGUUUUCUUGUAUGUUUUCUUCUUGACUACCAAGUGGGGCUCUGCUAGAGAAAAAAAAGAAGUAUCUGCAAUUUCAUAAAAAGAAACAAGCUCACCCUCUAAAAAGAAAGAUUGA